GCACUGAAAACUAUAGUCUAUACUCUAUCUAUACCAACAUUGUUAUGUUUCUAUGGAAACAAAUUACUUGAUAUUUCUUUCUCUGUAGUGUGUCUGCCGAUUUUUCCAAUUAUUUCUACAGUUUUAGAUUUAAAAAUGGAUGUGAAGAAUAAAAUAAGUUGUGAUAAAAAAGAGCAAGCAAGUCACAUUGUUAAUAAAUUUAACCCUGAUAAAAAUGUAACGGAGGAAGAAUUUCAAAAUUUCAUGCAUCGUGUUACUGAAGUUGAAAAAGUUGUCAAGAAGUUAGCAUCUUCUGAUCCAAAGGAGCAAGAAUAUGGACAAAAGUUAGCCGAUGAGAUGUUAGAAAGAAAAGUUCAAAAGGAAAUUUAUGAAGAUGGAGAAGUUAAAAUUACAACUAAUAGAUCAAUAAUUAAUAAAUAUGCUUCAGAGAGUAAUUCCUGCGAUGAUCCAAAUGAGAUGUCGCGAGAGAUGUUCAUGAAGAACAUGGAAGAUGAUGCUAAAAAACGAUACGAAGAUCGUAAAAUUAGAAAUGAACGAGCAGAAACGUUCAAAAGAAUUGCAAAUGGUGCAUUCAAAGAAGGAGAUUACGAGAAAGCCGUGACUUAUUUUAGUAAAGCAUUAGAACAACGUAAAGAUUCGUCUGUAUUAUGGAAUAACCGUGCAUUAUCGUACAUGCAUCUCGGAUUAUUCGAAAAAGCCUUACACGAUUGUGAAUGGGUAUUAAAAUUGAAUAAUUCAAAUUUAAAAGCUCUUUUAAAUAGCGUCAAGUGUUAUAUGAAUCUUGGAAACGUGGAGAAGAGUAAAGAAUAUAUACAGAUAGCCAAAGAAAGAAAUCCUCAUUUCAACAAAUUUAUUAAUGAAUUUGAAGAAAAUUUAGAAACGGAAUUUAACAAAUUCAAUAUUCAGGUAAUUAAUGACAAUGAAAUAUAGUAACUUUUUAAAGAGAUAAUUUCAAAUGUUUUUCAGUGUAGUAUAAAGUAAUAUAAUAAAUUAGCAAAAAAAAUAAAAGUAUAUUUGAUAUCGGUAUAUAGAUAAGAAAUUUUUAUUGCUUCCCUAAGGGCUUCAAUAUUAUACAAAACUUACAAUUCUCUAUAUUUCAAUCGUCGCUACAAUAUCCAUUACAAAACUAAACAAAAAGAAAAAACUUGAACAAUAGAAAAUUAAUAAAUUGAAAA